AUGAGGAGUACAAGAUCGAUUUCAUUCAAGGCGAAGUUUAAGAACAUGAAAGAGGCAGUGUUGAAUCUUGAUGACAAUGAUGAUGAUUUGUGUUCGAAACCUGAAGGCUUUCGUUUUAUUGAGCGUAAUACGGGUGCUAAUUUAUUAGAGAUUCAAUGCUUGGAGAUUAGUUUUGGAGGGCUCGGGAGGCAAUUUUGGGAGGACCAUGAGGAUGUUGAUAUGAAGGAUGAAACAGGUUGCGAAGAGGAAAAAUUGGUCAGUUUUAAGAGGGAUUUUGGAGAUGAGGAGGUUACUGAUCAUCUUGACGAUCUUCAUCCUUCAUCCCUCCCAUCCGAUUUUAGGUUUUAUCAACUGAAGAUGGUACUUUGUAUGUGGAAUUUACGUGGUCCUCAUACGAUUGCACCCCACCUUGAUAAUGAUUACAUUCAUGAUCUAAAUGACAUGAUUUGUGAGAUAGGGUAUUCUGCGGAUGACACAAUGGACUAUCAUUAUAGAAUUCCUAAUCUAGACUUAGAUUUUGGAUUGAAGGCUCUAGGAAAUGAUCAAGACGUUAUAUCUAUGACUCAAUUUGUCCCUCAAAACAGAGUGAUUAAUGUGAUUAGGCCUAAGAAGAAGGGAAUUGGUUCGUGUAGCAAGAAAUUAGACAUGAAUGUCCCACUUAAAGAAUCAAAUAAUCAAGCUCAGAGAAAAGAUGGUGUGUAUGAUUAUUCCAUGUCCCUAGUUCCUUUUGAGCCAAACAAACAAGACAUGGUUAAUGAGCUUAAGGAUGAUUCGUAUUUCCCUGUACCAAAAGAAACUGAUAUAAUGCAAGAAAUUACAGUUGAUAUUAAUUACCAGAAUCAUAGGGAAAGGCUAGAUGAUUUUGAGCCUUUUAGUAGUGAUGGAUAUCAGAAUAUGGGUGAGUUUGAAAGAGAGGUUGAAGCUGAAGAAGAACAGGAUGAAGAAGAUGAAAAAGAGAAUGCAGAGGAUUCAAAAGAUGAUUCAGAAGAGCAUACAGCAGAAGAUGAUGAUUCUAACUACAUUGUUGACCCAGAAGCUAUUUUAGAUGACUGGGAGGUUGAUAUGAGAGAGUUUCACAGUUGUGUGGAUGGGGUUGAAUGGUUUGGACAAGGUCCAAACAUAUAA